AUGAAAUUUUUACUUGGAAUUUGUCGAAUUCAUAAUCAUACUACUUCAAAAUUAUCUUCUUUAAGUGAUGAUAAUAUAAUUUUAAAUGAUUAUUUGAUGGAAUAUAUUAUGCCUUAUUUAUUUGAUGAAAUAAAUAGGCUUGAAGAGACCAAUAUUACUACUGUUAGUCAAUCAGGUGAAAAUCACUCUGAAUGUAUAAAUACUAUUUUGGAAUGUUAUACUACCUUACUUGGAUUCAGAAUUCGAAUAUUUCAUGCAAACAACUUACCAAUGAGUUUAAAUUGUUGGAAUAAUUCAAUUGACAUGGUGAAAAUGGAGUCGUCUUCUUUGGUGUUCAAUGAUCAUGAUCAAAUGUCUUUAGUACGAGAACAUGAGGAAUUACAGAGUCGUUUGGUAGAUUUAACUGUUCACUUGAUUUAUGAUGUUUUGAUUCGAUCAGAACAAUGUUCGUAUACACCUCAAUGCAUCAGUCACGAUGAGCAGUUCGAGGAGGCCAAGUUUAUUUGGCAAAUAUUAGCUUAUCUAGUUUUACUGUCUUCUUCAAAAUGGUUGGAACCACCAAUGGUUAUACAGAACGCAUCAAAUAAAUUCCUGGUUAAACUUCUAAGUUUCAACAAUGAGAGUUAUUCAAUCAGCUUUUAUUCCGUGAGUAAUGAUGAAAUAAACAAUGAAAAUACAGGUGGAGUUCAGAUAAAAGACAUUCAAGAAUUGUGUUCUUUAGUGCUUCCGCCAAUUAUUGUUUUAAUUGAAAUGAUACCAAAUAGAAUGACAUCAUUGAAUAAUGACCAUGACAGCAAAGCCAGAAGCAACAAUAACGAUGAUAAUGAUGUAAUGAAUCAUCUACUGAAUAUUAUGGAGGAUGCCUUUUCACGGUCACAAUUAACCAUCAAGUCAUAUGGCUUCAGUCAUUUUUAUGAAUGUUUAACACAUUUCACUCAAUAUACAUUUAAUGAAAAAUUGCUUAGAAGUCCUAGUGAAAUUACCUUAUCAGAGAAAUCCUCAUCAGUUUCAAGUGAAAAUUUGUUAAUCAACAAAUCAAGCAGCUCUGAUGGUGAUAGUCAUUAUUUUGAACUGAUGACUAAUCUGACAGACUGUCCAACUAUUCGUCUGGGUUGUUUGGACUUGUUGAGGUGUUUAUUGAUUAAGCAACGCUUUCAACUUACACCAUUCCUUACAAAUCAUGAAUAUCCACUCGCAACAUUGAAUGUUGAGUCUCUGGGAAUUUUAAUUCGAAUUAUGCUAAAAGAUUUAAGAGGAUCACAGAACAACAACUGGAACAGUAAUACAAAUGAAAAUAACUAUGACAAUGAUGUGGAAGUUAGCAAGCAGCAGCGUUCAGACAAUCCGCUCUACCAUCCUAACUAUUCGUAUCCUUAUCCUACAAGUCAAAUGUUCAGGUUACUCAUUGACUGGAUCCAAGCAAGUAAUGCUUUAACACCAGUUGUAUUCACCACAUGGCCAAAAAUGGUUUUCCACAAUCAAAUGUAUUGUGCUAGAAAUCCUCAGCAUUCUUUGAAGCUGCAUAAUGAUAAGAAUCUUUGUUCACAUGUUUAUUCAUUUUCCUUUGCCUACGAUGAGAACUUUGAUGAUAAGCAUACAAAAGUCUCAUAUGAUAAUAUAUUAAAUUUAAUUUGGCCGUCAUCGUCUGUUCACAUUAAGACAGAGAGCCAACAACGCCUAACAUCUUCAGGUAUUGCUACUAAUUCUGGUAACAAUAGUGGUAAUACUAUUAAUAGUGGCUUUGCUUUGUCAACGUGGCUUUGUUUACAUGGACAAUUACACGACCAGAAGCCUAGGCCUGAAUUUAGUCAACUAUCUGAAACGGAUCUUUUCCAUCAUGUAAAAUCCAAUCAUUUACAACAUUUCAUAAGUUUGGAUAUCAAGUUUCAGUAUUCUGAACAAAUUGAUGAGUUCAUGUAUCAACUACGCACAGAACCGACUGAUUCUUUACCAUCAUUUUCAGAAUCAUCACAAUCUUGCUCAUCUGAUAGCCGUCUAUCUUUGCAAGUGUGGAUCUCAUCGAUGUAUUCAUGCAUUUAUAUGCGUAUAGCUCAAUUCUUACCAGAGAGUAAAAUGAUAGCAGAAAAUGAUCAAACCAUGUUACACAAUAAAAAAAGAAUUAUAUUAUUAGGUGAUUUAUGUAUAGAUUUCCCGAUGAAAAAAACAAUUUAUGAAGAAUGGAAUCAUUUAUUUCUAUUUAUUCAAUGGAUUGACAGUUUUAAUGCAAAAGUACAAGUUAUAGUCAAUGGUUGGUUUGAAUCCAGUGGCAGUUUAAUAUUGAACAAAAAUCUUUUAGCUGGGAAAUUAUGUCACCAGUGUUAUCCUGUUAUAUAUUUCGGUCAUGUGACUGAUAUCUACUCUAAAGGAUGUAGGAAGCAUAAUUUGGAUUUAGGAAAUCUAUUUUUACUUGCUGGUGUACCACAUAUGGAUCAACAAGUUUCUCGUUCCAAUGAAAAAUGUCCAAAGAGAAAAUCGUUGAAACAUAACCGUGAUCAUCUUGAUCUUGGUGGUUCAUACUGUAAUGUGAAAAAAAUCGCCAUGUCAUUUGCCUUGUUAGGUCCUUGUUGGACGGGUUACUUUGAUUCUAUUGAAUAUGGUUCUCACUACAGAAAUUACUCUCUGUGUAUUCUACAUUCACUUGUACGUAGAUAUGCUAUAAAAUAUUCAACACUGAAUGAAGUUGGUCAUUUGCUAUCGCAAUUACUAUUGAAGACAAAUUCACUGAUAAGUUCUGCGGAUUGGUUAUGUUUUUUCAAGAAAUACUGUUCGAAAAAUUUAUUCAUUAUUCUACUGAGUAACAAUGCUUCUAGCCUACAGUUUCUCAUGCCACCGCCGCCAUCAGCACUGUCGUCGUCAUCGAACUCAUUCAAGUGUACUGUUUCGUCGCCAACUGUUACAGCUAAUGAUAAUGGCCAGGAUGAUGAUGAUGAUGAUGGAUUCCAGAUAUGUGAUAUCUAUGAUAUCCACUCACGGAAUACUGAUUGCCACAAUAAUAACAGUACUAAACCAGUUGCUGAUAAAUAUACUCGUACUUCUCGAAAAAGAUUAUGGACACUGAGAGACCAAUAUACACAUGCUGAUAAUUUGAAACUAACUGGAGAAUUAACAUCUUCAGUGGAUUUCUAUUAUAAUCCACAAUUUGAUUCAAGUUUUGAACUCCAUGGAGGUAUUGAAGUACCAAUUUAUCUACUGGGUGAGCUUGUUUGUCAAUCGCAUGAUUGUCUCUUGAUAGCAAAUGGUUUAGAACUGCUUUUUACAAUGUUGCAUCGUUCGUGCACUAUGUUUGCAAAUUUUCAUACACCUGCACUAUCACAUCCAGGAGUAGAAAUCCCCAUAGAAAAGCAUUCUAAUAAACCGGUAACUUACCCACUUAGUUUUGGACAUUGUUUACUGGCUCGUCUAUUCAAGCAUCCUCAGUUCUGCUCGUCCUCACCUCAUUCUUCUAUGUUAAUGGAGGUUCUAUUCAACGAAAUCAUUUUCACAUUUCCAAACAAAAGCUUACGGCUCAAUUCUACUGACCAAAGAUCAACGUCAACUCAGCAAUAUUUGCACUUGAUUAUGGAUCCAGGUUUAUUACGUUGUAUUUCAUUGUUUAGUUCACGAAAUUUCUGGUAUCCCCUACCUCAACAGGAGUUUGAAUUUAUCUCUGAUCAUAGGAAACUUUUCAGUUCAUCAAUACCACUCAUAAAAUCUUCAAUAUUCAAGUAUGGAUUAAUACCAGCAAUAUUUGAAGUAUUAGUGAAUUCUGAAGGAAUGCAUAGCUCAAACUCAAUUAUCAUCACAUUAUACAAUUUUUAUACAAUAGAUCGUUGGCAGUUGAUCAUGACUUCGCUAACGGGAUUUCGAGAAACAUUUCUAGAAGAUAAUCAUUUCAUGGAAAAAAGUGUCAUCAGUCAAGAACGUUUCAAACAGUAUACGCAAAAUUGGCCUAUUCAUUCUUUAGUGAGUUUCAUUACCAAUCGUCUUUCACUGUCAGUAAUAUUCAGUAACGGAACCAUAAGGGGUGAAGAUGGAGGAGGAACAUCCAAGACAGCAGCAGCAGCUUUCAGUGCCGACAGCAGCAACAAGAAAUACAGUGAAUACAUUUACUCCUUUGGUCAUUCAAAACGUUCAUGUCUACAGGAUCUCUGUCGCUUAAUCAUCAAUCUAGAUGCUGACAUGUAUUUAUCUGCUGCUGAACGGGUUUUCUACACAAUUUAUGAUGAUUUCGAAAAUGAAAAUAAUAAAAGUACCCAUACUCCUCACGGUCAGCUUAAAAAUAGAAAGCAGCUGAAUACCAAAUCGUCAGUAUCAACAUCACCACUGAGACUAUUGAAUGAUGACUGGAUAUUUUGGCGUCAAACAACCGGGAAGUGUUUAAAUUACUCGGAACGUUUAAACAUAUGGAAGUAUUCGUUAUCCAUUGAGAAAACCAAAAGGUUCAUGAAGACUUGA